ACUACCUGCGGUGUCGAGGGGUAAUCAUCCCUCCUGUGACAAUGUUAGGUGUAUAGAUUUUUAGUAUACAUUCUAUUCAAACGAUAUUCCUUCUAUUUUUGUUACACAGCCUGCAAAUCUGGCUUCUACGGACAAAGCUGCGCCAUGGACUGUCACUGCGACACGUGCCAUCACGUCACUGGUUCGUGCGUAGAGUCUCUUCAAUGCCAUGAUGGGUACAAUAUGGACAAUGGUUUCUGUACACCCUGCAAACCUGGCUUCUACGGACAAAGUUGCUCUAUGGACUGUCACUGCGACAUGUGCCAUCACGUCAAUGGAUCAUGCGGCAUGUCUCCUCAAUGUCACGAUGGGUACAGAAUGGAAAAUGGUUUCUGUACACAGCGUCCAGAGUGCCAUUGUGACAGGUAUCAUAACGCCUUAUUAGCUGUGUCUUCGGCCCUUGGAGUUGUGGUUGCGGCUGUAAUAGUAGUUAUUGUGGUUUACAGCAUUCGAAAACAUCGACAAUCUGCUGGAGGAACUCGUUCUAAGAGAGAAUCGUCUGCUCAAGACAUGUACGACGACUUGAAACGAAAAUCAACAAACCCUCACUAUGACUGCCUUCAAAUGUCAAACAUUGAUCAAGAGGGUCGCUCAUAGAAUGUACGCAAACGUCGUUUCGUUGAGUUGUCGGAAUAAAUAUACUUGCAGACCUUGUUGAUCCCUUAAAUAAUUGUAUAACAUGUGUGUUUUGAAAUUAAUGAUCAAAGCGUUUCAAUAUGCUUAACGUUACUUAAAUCUUGCCGUAAUCAAACAGCUUUGUUAACAGAUUUUUAAAGGUUUACUAAAUCAAAAACAAUGUGCUAUAACUAACUCUCUAAAAACUUGCUAGGGCAACAGAAGGCGAACAUUUGGGAAAAAGAAAAAAGCAAGCACUCCAUAUUGUAUGAGACUGACAUUACCACACAUAGUUCUAUCAGCACUCGUACAUAUGUUAUUAUAAACACUAGCUUUGAGUUGCCAAUGGCCAAUCUCAACAUUAUAAUAGUCGUUGUCCAUGCAAUCAACAAUGACACAAUACUUUUAGAACAAGUGUUACCCAUGCGGAGAAUGAUGAGAAUGAACUGAAAAUAGAAUCUGUUGAGCAAAGACAUAUGAUGGUGGCCAACACAGUCAUGAAUUAUCAGUAAAGUGUCUUCAGAAUGUAUCUUUUUGUUUAUGCUGAAAAUCAAAAACAAAAUUCAAGUAUUAUUUUGCAUACAAACAUGAUGUCAUCUUACUGUACACACAUACCAAUCAUCAUAGUACUUUACUUUUAAACCUAUAUUACUAUAUUUGUAAAGUGUAUUGAUAUUCGAUCACGUUUAAUUGCGUUAUCGGCUUUUUCAUUGAAACGUAUUUGUUAAAAACAUUAACAUCUGCCGAAAUACGCAUAUGUUUUUGUUUUUUGUUUUUCACUAAAUAAACAUAAUG